GUGUGGCUUGUUAUUUUUUUUUCAUAAUAGUAAAAUGCAGGUGAUGAAAACGAAAGUGUUCUUCAGACUGAGCUAUGGCGUCUGUCUGUCAGUCUGACGAGGAAAGCUUUUCUGAGAGUGAAUCUGAUGUCAGUGAAGAGUCUGACAGUGACGGAUCUUCAGAUUCAGAAGCUGACCUUCAGGUUUCUUCAAAGGAGCCCUGCAAGUAUUACAACGGUAGUGGCUGCAAGGACAGAGGCAGGUGCAAGUACCUGCACGUCUGCAAGUAUUAUCUGAAGGGAUCUUGUCGCUACGGGAAUAAAUGUAAGCUAAGUCACGAUAAAAGUGGAGGAAGACGGUCUUCUGGUGCAAGCAGCAGGGCCUUGGAUCAAUCUAGUGGCCCAAAACUCACUGAUGGUCGAUUCUAUCAGUGGCAGUUAAAUGAUGGAACUGGCUGGAAGGACGUUGACAACGAUCACGUUCUGGAGGCCCAGUACUCGCUGCCCCACACCAAAAGCAUCAAAAUCUACAACACACCAUACGGGGCAGUGAGUGUAGAUUUUAACAAAAUGAGAGUUUAUGGAAAGAGGCUGAAAGUGAGACGUUUGGAUGAUGGUAACACCGUGUGGACCUGGUACUGCACCUUACAGCGAAAGUGGAUGAAGUACGGAGCAAAGGAUUCAAAGGGGAACCCCGGUCCUGUGAACAGCUCUGACAUAGAGAAGAAGUUCCAGAGUAACCCGACAAGCUCUUUUACGUUCAACAUUGGUGCUGAGACCUAUGAGAUUAAAUUCAGAGAAAUGCGACAGGUGGGCAAAAAAAAGAGGAAAGUAACACGUCGACCAGAAUACCGACAGCAACAAGCACGGCCACAUGUUUCUCAAGCAGCCGCAGCCAUCCAGAAUCUGACGUUGGGCUCCAAACCUGUGUGGCAGUUUGAGGGAGACAGCGGAGCGUGGCACGAGUUCAAACACAGGAGCGGCACUCAGAGCGAAUGCUCGAUAACCAGCGACAGCAUCGAGAAGAAAUACCAGCAAAACCCUCGUGACAGCAUGACCUUCACAGUGAAGGGACACUCCUACAAGCUGGACUUUGGAGCAAUGACCCAGAUCAACCUCAAGACCAACCGCACGCGCCGAAUCAGACGUGUGCUGGUGUGAGCAUGAAAGAUGAUUCCACCGCUUCAGGAAGAUUUAAAGUGCUCCAUUGAUGCAAUAGUAUUCAGAUGUGUUUGUUUUGGGUGCUUGGAGAAUAUUUUUUGUAUUUAUUUUAGUCUCAUUAUCUGAAAUAAACUACUGUGUUUACAUUAGAAAGGAAUUCAGGGUACUCCUGACUCUCUCUUAAGACUUUAAAUGCUGCCGGACAAUCUUGUACCAAGGUGCCUUUUGCAGAAGUGUUGUUUCAGGUCCUCCUAGCAACUGUAAUCACUGUGGUUUUUAGUUUAAUUUGUCUCACGUCACUUACUGUACACUGCCAUACUAGAGGGAUGCAGUUAUUUUGAUUGCAAAAUGGGAGAAAGGAAAUAAACUACAGGCCAAACACUCCUGAAAUGAUGAGACAGGAUGUUUGAUAUCACACUGCCUCCUAUGAUGAAAUAGAAUUAGAUGGAGCAGAAUUGGGUAAUGCUAAUUAAAGACUAUUUUGUACAUUUGGGUUUUUUUACAUUUUCUGUUUCACACAUGCAAACUGCCUUAAGUGUAAACUGUUUUAUGGUUUGUUCUGCUUCAUAAUGAUGCAUUCUGCUUUGACCCAAAGAUCUACAACAAGUGACACAGAUCAUGGCUUGCUGAAAAAUAAAAAAAAGAUGAAAUUAAAAAUA